AUGGAAAUAAAGGCGCCGCAUGUGGAGUUUAAGUUAGCGAUAGCUUAUGCCGGUACAAGAGAUAUAGUGCUUGCUACAAGGAGAUUGUGUGAGAAGGCCAAGGCUGGCCUAAUUGAGCCCGGUGCCAUAGACGAGGCCUUGUUUGAUCAAGAGCUUUCGACUCGUGGCACUCCUCCCCCAGACUUUUGUAUCCGAACCGGUGGUCAAAUUCGUCUUAGCGGCUACUUGACAUGGCAAUUUGCCAAUAUUGAGUUGUACUUCACUGACAUUUAUGGGCCAGAGUUUACAGAGGAUGAGUUUCUCAAAGCUAUAAAGUCCAGAACUAAUAAGAAUUGA